AAACGAAAAAGUGCACUCGGAACCGUGCAAUAUUAGCUAAAUAACAAAGCCAAUAACGAAAGUUACCAAAUAAAGUAAUAAUAAAAAUACUAAUUAAUAAAAUAAGCAGUCUCAUCCAGAAUCUAGGUUUAAUUAAUUAAAAGUGCAAUAAUAAAUAUGCAUUUGUUUAUAGUGCGCGCUCUCGAAAAUACCUUUUAAAUCGAGUAAUUCAAAAAUAUAUUUUUUUGAAACUUAUAUUUUAGUUUGUAAACACUAAAAAUAAUACUCUAUUGGCGUGAACCGUGCACAACGACUCUCACAAUCUCUCGAUCGACCAGAUCUUUUUCCCACUCUGAGCAGCAGCUCUAUUAGGUGCUCUGAGAAGCUAGACGUGGGUGGUAGCGUGAAAACUUUCGCUUUCUUCACUCAUAUAUGAGAAUUAUAUCAAUUCUCUUUCACUCACCUGUUUACUCUCUCGCACGCUCGCUUGCCUACUCCUAGCGUUCACUGUUGACCUCAACUGAGAUAUUUGUUAGCCGUUCGACUUUAGUACGUUUCUUUAAUUGCCGGACGUGUAAUCAUUGCGCUCGAACAAACAAUUCUUUUUUCUACAUUUUUUUCGCGAGAAAUCUAAUUUAUACUAAGUAAAACCAAAGUGAGUGCGUUUUUUUACUUAUAAUUUCAUAUAACGAUUAAAGCAUGAUGUCGGAAUCCAACUCCACGCCGACUACACCCGCAAUCGAAGACAGCAACAACACACCUGCCGCGGCGGAUAAAAAUGCCAAGAAGCCUUUGUCUGAGAAGGAGCUGAAGAAACUGAAGGAGCAGCAUAUUUAUAAUAAUUUCGCUACACCACUCAUUGGCACCUACCUCAAUUUGCCGCAGGAAUCGGUAAUGUUGAAGUGUCCUGCUUGCGGCAUUGUUGAAAUGACACAAGUCGAAAACGAUAUGAAAUGGUGGGCGACGGAGAUAAAUCGUUUCGUUGGCUGUUUGUGGGUUACAUUUUGCUGUUGCUGCUGUAUGGACUACUUUAUACCAUGUAAACAAACGGAUCGCAAUCAUUAUUGUAAGAAUUGCGGUUGCUACUUUGGCCGCGCUAUGAAGCACUCAGCAAUCAAACCGAAGAAGCUGGCUGCUACGUCAUGAGGUGGUUGCCACCCACACGUACACUCACUUAGUUGGAGAAUACAUACUCGUACAUAUUCCUUUACUGCCAAGGAGGCCGAUUAACGAAAAACGCAAAACAAAAAGAAAAAGUAAUAUUAAAAAAAUAAAAUUAAUAAAAAUAUCUGCUUUCCACUUUUUGUCUUCAUGAAAACGCUCGAAAAUAUGUAGCAUAAAACUGUAAUUAAGCGCACAUAUUUACAUACGUAUAUAUUUUAUUUGUAAUUAAUUCUUUUUUUACAUUAAGCCUUGAAAAAUACAUAGUAUCAUAGCAUUGGCAUAUGUAAUAUGGAUCUUGUGUUUUUUUGCUUUCCCAAUUUAAUUUUUUUGUCUUGUUAACAUUUUAUAGAGCUAAAUUUAAGCGGUCUCUUGGCUUGAUUUUAUAAUCGUGUCAAGAGCACGCAAUUUGUUAGUUUAUCUAAAUUUUCUUCGACUUUUGAGUAUCAAUUAUGUCAAAAGGUUAAAUUGUUUUUCUACAAGCUCAUUAUUUUCCAAUAAAUGUGUCUCAUUAGAUUUUAUUUACUCUUGUGUGACCUAUUUUUAAUUACAAAUAAAGAAGAAAAAGCGUCUGCAUAAUUGAGUAAAAUUAUCAUGAUGCAUUAAUUUGAACGAUUAAAUGACAAAUUUCGUCUUCAAUAAAUACCGUACGGUAGAAAACCAGAAAAAGCUGUAUUGAAGCAGAAGGAGACUAUUUUGAAUAAAAUAAACUGAUUUUGCCGAAAAAAUCA